AUGUCUUCGGAGGCUGACUCAAAUUUAACACCCAAGUCCUCUUUGGUUUUCCAGCCGGAUUCGGAGGCCACUUCUCGCACCAGUCCAUCUAGGUCUCCUCGCCGAAAUCAUACAGUCCCACUGGUAGAGGAGGACAAGAUGAAUACCUAUAGGAGGAUCAUUGUUUUCUGCGAUGGGACUUGGCAAGACGGUAUAUCGACCCAAUGCUCUAAAUACACCAAUGUUUUGCGGCUGGCACGGAGCGUCAAUCGGCAAGAUGAGCGCAUGCAACCAGUUAUUUCUCAAAUCGUUUUUUACCAGUCAGGAGUUGGGUCAGAACACAAUUUCUAUUCCCAAUAUGUGGAGGCAAAAUCAGAGCUGGAAGCAAAGUUGGGUCCGUGGCGCGACCCUAAUUCGAACGGUAGACGGCGCGUUGACAUUGAUGGUGAUAAAUUUACCGUGAAAUGCUUGGGCGUCUGGGACACUGUAGGAUCUACUGGCCUACCUGAAGAGAUUGCGAUGUCCAAGGGGGCAUCCCAUGUUCGGAUGUUCGGUUUUCCUAAUCACAAACUAGGUGUCCAUAUACAGUAUGCGUAUCAGGCGCUUGCACUGAAUGAAAUGCGCAAGGACUUCAUCGGUGGAGGAUAUGAUCACCAUGAUCUAUCAGAUAUCAGCCUCAUGUGGAUGGCGUCACAAGUAGAGGAUCUGAUGUCUAUGGAUAUGAAUUAUCUACGGGCACUCAUAAAUCCGGUGGCCCCUUGGGGAAAGCAGAAACCACACGACUCAGCAACAGGAAUCUUUAUUUUGGCCGACAAAAUUCAAAGGGAGUUGCCAUUGACUCCGAACAACGUUCAUACCCAUGAGACGUUUCACUCGUCCAUCCUGGAGCAAGAAACUCUUGAUCCAACCCUUGCCGAGAAGUUAGCAAACGUUCCAGAGUUUAUUGAGCCUCUGACCAGCCUCGAGGAGGCAAUCAAGCAAUAUUGGCCAUACGAUCACAACACCCCUGAGGCGCAAGCUUAUGCUACUUCUGUGAAUAUGUCCCCUCCAGUCCCAACGUUGACGCGGUCGCCAUCUUGGUUUACGACUCUCUUUCGAUCAAUCUCGUCUAGCUCUUUACGCAUCACAGGUACAAAUGCUAAGGCUAGCGGCCAGCGUACGUCGGUCGUUCAAACAAAGCAAUCCGAAACCAUUACGAUACAGAUUGACCCCGGAUCUCCUUCUCUACGAAAGCAAAUUGGGCAUGGUUUAAAACCUUGA